GCAAAAUUCGAAACUAUGGAAAAUUUUGCGGGAAAUUAGAUUUUUGAGAAGAUGGUUUUAUGAAUCUUGAUAACAGACUUCAGAGUAACAAGAGCCUUGAAAGUAGCUUAGGGAUUAUUGUGAGAAUCAAUUAAGAUGGGUGUUACAGGGUUAUUGCCCUUUCUGAAGAAGAUCCAUGUUCCUGUCAACAUUGCAAAGUUUGAGGGCUGCACUGUGGCAAUAGAUGCCUACUGCUGGCUCCACAAGGGGGCCUUCUCUUGUGCGGAGAAACUAGCUCUUGGGGAGUCCACUGACCAAUAUGUAUAUUACUGCAUGAAGUAUGUUGAAAUGCUCCUGAAGAAGAACGUUAAGCCUGUGCUUGUGUUUGAUGGUUGUCACCUUCCUUCUAAGCAGGAAGUGGAAAAAACUCGUAGGGAAAAGCGUGACGUUAACAGAAAGAAGGCAGCCCAGUUACUGAGAGAGGGCAGAAGGGCGGAGGCCAGGGAAUGUCUUCAGAGAUGUAUUGACAUCAGUCCAGACAUGGCGCUUCAAUUAAUGAAUGCCUGCAGAGCUCGGGGCGUAGAUUGUAUUGUAGCUCCCUAUGAGGCUGAUGCCCAGUUGGCCUAUCUCAAUAAGUGUGGUAUUGCUCAGGUGAUCAUCACAGAAGAUUCUGAUCUGCUUCUCUUCGGCUGUGAAAAGGUGCUGUUUAAGAUGGAUCAUUUUGGGAAUGGUGUUCUGAUAGAGCAGAGUCGACUAAAUGAAGUGAUGGAGAUACAGAGUGGGUUUUACACUUUUGAGAAAUUCCGCUACAUGUGUAUUCUCUCUGGCUGUGAUUACCUGUCCUCUUUACCAGGAAUUGGGCUGGGAAAGGCAGCAAAAGUCUUUAAACGUGCAAGACAAUCUGAUCUCAAACUGCUAUUGAAGAAGUUUCCUAGUACUUACCUGAACAUGUCCCUGCCAGUCCCAGAUGAGUAUAUAGAGGGGUUUAUUCGUGCCAAUAACACAUUCCUUUAUCAGCUUGUUUAUGAUCCCAUUCAAAGGAGGAUUCGUCCCUUAAAUUCUUAUGAGGAGGGACUAAAUGCCAAGCAGAUGCAUUAUGCAGGAGCAUUAAUUCCACAAGACCAGGCAUAUCAGAUAGCUUUAGGAAAUAUUAACAUUUACACCAAAGAAAAGUUUGCUGACUUUGAUCCUGACACUCAUGUGCCCUCUAAAGCCAGUAAAAAGAAGCCUGAACAGCUGCACCGCCUGAGUAUGUGGGACAAAAACUACAGAAUCAGACCUAAAACAGAGCUAAGGGAGGUGCAGAAUAUUGAGAGACCUAAUCUUCAAGGAAAAGAGGUCAUAGUGAAAAAAACUUUCCAUCAAAAAAGGCCAACUCCAGAAGAUGAUAAAAAUGUCAAGUCUGAUAGAGAAUUAACCAGUAUGUACCAGGAGGAGAAUGAAGAAAAUUCCCCCUCCCCACCAUCCCACAAGAAGAGGCGGAGGGCUUCUAGUGACUCAGAGGAGGAGCUUCCAAAGAGUCCUGUGAAGAAGUUCCGUAAACUCUACAUGUCACCCAACAAAGUGCAGUUUUUUGAUUCUUUAAAAGAUGCUGAUCAGGAUGCUUGUGAAAUUUCCCCAUCAAAGGUUGAGAGCAAUGAGGAAAGGAUUCCAAGUUCCCCACAGCCAUGUCCAAAACCAUCUCCCGUAAGAAACAGGUUUGCUGUACACACAGAGAAGAAGGAAAAAUUUAACAUCAAUGCCUCCAAGGAUAUAGUCAAAAGCAGAUUUUUUGCUUCCUCUCUUGAAAUUCAAAAACUUGAAACUUCUACAGAGAGUAAAGUGAAUGUGAAUGAACCUGAAGCUCCCACAGAGAGUAACAUGGAUGAAGGUAAUGAGAAGAAUGAUGAUUGGACAGAAGAAGAGAAGAUUGGAAAAGAAGAUGUGUCAAAUAAUUCAAAAUCACUGGUAUCCAAGCCAAAUCCAACAGAGAAAAACAAAAAAAUCAAACAAAGUCCAUCAACACCAAAACCCUCCCCUGGCUCAGCAUUCACUUGGUCCAAAUUCAAAUUCUCAAAGAUAAACAAUAUUACCAGCACAAAAUUAGACAAAGUGAAUACAAGCUACAAAAAAGUGGUAUCAGAACCAUGUCUUUCAAAUUACUUUUCUUCAAAAUCCACAGAGAAUGAUUCGGAGGUGCAGUCGAGCAAGCAGCUUCAGCAUGUUGAGAGUUGUGUAGAAAUGGGCAGCAAUCAGGACUCUCUUAGCCAGGCUAGCUCUGUGUCCUACAGCCAGGAGAGUGGGGCCUACAGUAUUGACCUUGACUGUUUCCCAGACAGUCAGGAAGUACAGAUUAUAUCUGAGGAAUAUGCAGCUCAGAAAAGUAGAGAAUCAGAAAUUUCAAGUCAGGCGAGGUCUUCCCAGGAAACAAAGGAAAAGUCAAGUGUAGGCUCUUUAAAGUCAGGAUGUAGAGCAAGUGGGUUGUCUAAAAAUAGGAAAGGCAAGAUAACAACAGAUAACAAACAACGGAGUAUCAAAGACCUUUUCUCCAAGUUUGCAUUUAACAAAAGAGAGGAGAAACUUAGUCGAGAAGUAAAAGAUACAGAUGAAGACCUAGUCUCAUUUACCCCCUCUAAUAAGCCAUGCUCAAAGGCAGUACAAAGGAAACUCCUUCCCUAAAAACUGUUAUUGACUGUUGUAACUAUACACAUGGAAAGACAGUAGUGCUAGAGACAAAUGAUAUGAAUACACUCUAAAAAACAUAACCUUUAAAAUGAUUGUAAGAUUUGCCACGCAAAUUGAUUUUCCAAAUUUAAUUUUACAUAUAUGAACUUUAAGAUGAAUUACCAGUA